UCACAGCUUCUGCACGCAGCCGGGCAGGCGUUAGAGGCUCUUCGGAAGAAACCGUUUUCCUCACUACUUCGCUGUUCUCCAAAUAUUUCUGACUCUUGUCGCACACUAGGAUCAAACGUUUUUGUGUGUUUCGUGUUCAUGUAUUCGGACAGUUGAAGGAAAUCGCCGCAUUAAAUGAGUUGAGCUCGACACACACACACAGCAUCAUCCUCUCGUCAGGUUGAGCUUCAUCCGAGCCUCGGGCUCACUGCCCUUCUGCACACUGGAGCGUCUCUAGAGCGGUGCACUGGAGUUUGACGGACACAUUUUCUUCUUCAUCUUGGAAGUACACGUUUAAGACUGAGAAACAUCACUAAUAUAUCAACUGGAGUCGAGGACAGGAAAUUAAUUUUUCUCUGACAACGCCGUUACGCAUGGUGGGAAUUUCUACCUCUUUUCAGUAUCGCACUGAGAAGCGCUCCACCAUGCCCGACUCACCUGCUGAUGUGAAAACACAGUCCAGGUUAACUCCGCCCACCAUGCCUCCUCCCCCCACCACACAGGGAGCUCCCAGGACCAGCUCCUUCACCCCCACUGCAUUAACGAAUGGCACCAAUCACUCUCCCACUGCACUGAAUGGAGCUCCAUCUCCACCCAAUGGUUUCAGCAAUGGGCCUUCAUCAUCAUCUUCGUCCUCGCUGGCCAAUCAACAGCUGCCGCCGGCCUGUGGUGCAAGACAGCUCAGCAAGCUCAAACGUUUUCUCACGACACUACAGCAGUUCGGCAAUGACAUCUCACCUGAGAUCGGAGAACGAGUGCGAACCCUGGUGUUGGGGCUUGUGAACUCCACUCUAACCAUUGAGGAAUUCCACUCCAAACUGCAAGAAGCGACCAACUUCCCACUCCGACCUUUUGUCAUCCCCUUUUUGAAGGCCAACCUGCCGCUACUGCAGAGGGAGCUGGUGCACUGUGCACGGCUGGCCAAGCAGAACCCGGCUCAGUAUCUCGCCCAACAUGAGCAACUCCUGUUGGACACAAGCACCACGUCACCUGUCGACUCGUCUGAACUCUUGAUGGACGUCAACGAGAACGGCAAGAGAAGAACGCCUGACAGAACCAAAGAGAACGGCUUUGAGCGGGAGCCGCUCCAUCCCGAGCACCCCAACAAGAGGCCCUGCACUAUCAGCCCUGGCCAGCGCUUCAGCCCCUCCAGCGGGCUCUCCUACCAGCCCAACGGCCUGCCGCACCCCACCCCGCCCCCUCCACAGCACUACCGUCUGGACGACAUGGCCAUUGCACACCACUACAGAGAUUCCUAUCGCCACCCCAACCACCGCGAGCUCCGCGACCGCCCUCGGCCUCUGGGGAUGCACGGCAGCACGCGCCAGGAGGAAGUCAUAGAUCACAGACUUACAGACAGAGAAUGGGCAGAAGAGUGGAAGCACCUUGACCAUCUCCUGAACUGCAUUAUGGAUAUGGUGGAGAAGACACGUCGCUCACUGACGGUAUUGAGGAGGUGCCAGGAGGCCGACCGGGAGGAGCUCAACUACUGGAUCCGUCGUUACAGUGAUGCUGAAGAUCUUAAAAAGACCAGCAGCUCCAGCAGCAGUCAGUCCAGACAGCAGAGCCCUGCCAGCCAAGAAAGCAAUGCUUUAGAUGUCCAUAGGGAGCUCCUUCACAGGCCAGUGUCUGGAUACGUACCUGAAGAAAUCUGGAAGAAAGCCGUCCGCACGGUGGCCGAUGCCAAGAGACAAGCGGCAGAGGACGCGCUGUCAGUCAUCAACCAGCAGGAGGACUCUAGUGAGAAGGAGCGGCUGGCUCUGGACACACUCCCGGCCUCCUCCGGCAUGCUACGGUUAAAUAAUCCAAAAAAACAUAGGUGUAAGACACCUGUCCGCAUCGCCAGAGAACCUGCCAGCUAA